GGAUCAUUGUACCCAUCGUCUUUCUAUUUCCACUACCAUUACCUAUCGUCAUCACCAAUCUCUCCCUCUCUCUCUCUCUCUCUCUCUCUUUCUCUCUCUCUUUCUCUCUGAUGGCAAUCUCCCCUCCCUGGUUCAUCAAAGUCCAUUAAUGAGGGAGCCAAUGCCUCCAAGCAGCCAUGCUUCCUCAUCAGAAGGCUCAUCCAAAUCGCCAACACCACCAACACCACCCCCUCUACCGCAACGUGGAUCCUCACAGCUCAUUCAACCAUCGGGGAAAAAGAAAAAACCAAAAGUUGUUCGCGUCUUUCGCUCAGUUUUUCGAUCUUUUCCUAUCAUAAAUCCUGUUUGCAAGAUUCCAGUUCUCCAAGGUAACUCCCCGGACAAUCAGCAGAAGGUGACGGGAACUUUAUUUGGGUAUCGUAAAGGUAGGAUAAGCUUGUCAAUCCAAGAAACUCCCAAGUGUUAUCCAUCUGUAAUAGUCGAGCUAGCCAUUCAAACCAACGUGUUACAGAAGGAACUAACUUCAGGGAUGGUGAGGAUUGCCCUGGAAUGCGAAAAGCGAACUGACAAAGAAAAGGUCAGGUUAUUAGAUGAACCAUUAUGGACCAUGUUCUGCAAUGGUAAAAAGAAUGGUUAUGGAAUGAAAAGGGAUGCCACAGAUGAGGAUCUCAAAGUCAUGGAGCUUCUCAGGGCUGUUUCCAUGGGGGCUGGAGUUAUACCGGCGAGCUCUGAGACGGAGGGUCCUGAUGGGGAGUUUGCAUACAUUAGGGCCCAUUUUGAUCGGGUAGUGGGAUCCAAGGAUUCAGAGACUCUCUACAUGAUCAGCCCAGAAGGGAACAAUGGGCCCGAGCUCACCAUAUUCUUCGUCAGGGUUUGACACGUGCAUGGUUCUAUAUCGAUAUCAAUAUCGUUCAUGGGUUCUUGUGGGUAUUGUAUUGUUAGUGAGUGUAGAUAUUAUAGAGAUGAAGAGGGAGGGGUAAUUAGGUGGUGCCGGUUCUAAACUAAUAAUUGAGCGGAUGAACUUUUCACCGACAGAGGUUUUGGGACGCAAAUUGAUCAAAACUGAUCAUGGGCAUUCCUAAUUAUCCAUUCUUUUAAUAAUUCAUUUUUGUUGUUUAUAUAUCUAAGCGAAAGCCUGUUUCCUUGAUGUAAGGAAGAAUACGUUUUUUUUUUUACACAAUAGUUGAAUCUCAUUCUUACAUAUUUAAUAUAAUAGAUUGUAUUUAUUUAUUUAUUUAUUUUUAAUUUUUUAAUAAAAACUUAUUGUAAUGUGUUUCCCUUU